UCCCUUCCCAACGAGGCCCCACGCAUUAAGUGGGAGGAAGGAAAGCUGUUGGUUGGUAUGCUGUCGCCGACCCGAAAUGGACUUGCAGUUGGCCUCAGAAUCGAGCUACACUCGAGCGCGAGUGUGGAGGAGGGCUGGAGACAAAGAGUCAAAGCCGAGUGUGUAGGGGGGAAUAAGCGGAAAAUGAAGCCUGACAUCCCAGCGCAUAUUCGGGCUGGGCUCGUUGCCGACCCAAGUCCGGCUCUGUUAUGGGACCUACAAACCCACUCUCGACUACCGUCGGAGAGACAGUCUGGAGCUAGGCGCCAACUCAGAUCAGAGCGAAUGCAUGUCAUUAAUCACGUCAAAAAACAGUCAGUUUGUCCCCCAUCAUCUGUUCGUAUUGCCCAACGGGGUAGCCAUUUCGCCCUACCACCGUCCGCGUGCAUACUAGCCUCACAAUGCGUAAACUUGGCAGGCCAGAAUGUGAGCAUGUGGGCGAUGCGGCUUUCUGGCCGAACGAGUGAAGAAGCGCUCUCUCGACCGAAUAAUCAGUGA